AUGCAUCAAUGUCGUGUACCCGAUGAUCUUCGCGACCAAGAAAGUUCUUUGAAAGCAACUGCAAGACCAAAGCGUACUUCAAAGUAUGGCACAAAAGCUUGUACUACUGAAAUUUCUGUUCACAAUAAUUCUGAAGACAAGACAUUAAUUAAAUAUGACAAUGACGAAACUUUAGACAUUAAGGACGAAAUUAUCCAAGGCGAAGAAAGUUCUUCUAACGCAACUAAAAGACCAAAGUGUACUUCAAAAUAUAGGAAAAAACCAUAUACUACUGAAAUUUCUUUUCACAAUAAUUCUGAAGCCAAGAUAUUAAUUGAAUAUGACAAUGACGAAACUGUGGACAUCAAGGAUGAAAUUACCCAAGAUCAAGAUACGGAAGAAGUUACAGGCCGAAGUUUCAAUACAAAAUAUGAUUUAAAAGUAUGCACAGGACGCACAAGAGAAGGUAUGUUAGCUGGCAUCAUGAAGCAACCGAGUCAACAGAAACAGGAAGACCAGGAUUCAGAACCAAAAAAUAAAUAUAAAUGUACAAAAUGUGCGCGAAGCUAUAAAGCAAAAGGUCAAUUGACUAAGCAUCAAAAAUACCAAUGCGGCGUCAUGCCAAAAUUCAGAUGUCAAUUGUGCUACAGACGAUUUAAAUUGAAAGACUACCUGAAUCGCCAUGUGAAGGUUGUACAUUGCAAAACGUCCUCAGAUACAUCCGAUAAGAAGUAUAAUUGCAAUAAUUGUACUCGUACUUACACUUCUAUAAGAAAUCUAAACCGACACAAACGUGAAAAACACGCAGCAGUCAAACCACAAUUUAUAUGCGAUUAUUGUGGUCACAAAACGAAUCAAAUGAGUAACUUGAAAACACACAUUACUUGUCUCCAUCUGAAGUAA